CAUAUGGCAGUAAAGAGAUAUUUAAACUCGAUUCUUAUCACCAAAUAACACGUCAAUUAAUAAGACGUUUAAUUAAGAUCGAUGAGUUAUAUGUGCUUGAAGCAGAACGAUACUUAAACCA